UUGGACAUCUCCAAGAGGCCUCUCUCGCUCACCUGCCUCCACAAACGGUCUCUCUCUUAAAAUCUCACAGUUAUUUAUUUGGGAAUUUCAAAUAAUAAAAUCUCCUGAAUCAAAAUUAACCAAUGAUGUGUGCGCAGGUUCACGCCUGCGCCUUUAAUCAGGUUUUAUCGCCGCAAACUCAGCUGCCGUUAAUUUCCUUCCGCAAUUCAAUUGCUGCAAAAUGUGAUUUGGACAAGGACAAAAGGGUUAUUGGAUCCAAAAAUUCGAGAAGAAAGGGGUUUCGCAUUGCUUCAUCGAGUAAUGUGAGUGCUCCAUUAUGGGAGAAUUGGGCUCCCGAGAAGAGCUCCAAAGCUCCCUCCCUCAGCGACAUUCUUUGGCCUUCUGCUGGGGCUUUUGCUGCAAUGGCUUUACUGGGAAAGAUUGAUCAGAUUGUGGCACCAAAAGGGGUUUCGAUGACAAUUGCGCCGCUCGGAGCCGUUUGCGCCGUUCUUUUCGCCACGCCGGCUUCUCCAGGCGCCAGGAAGUACAAUAUGUUUGUGGCGCAGAUUGGGUGUGCAGCUAUAGGCGUUUUGGCCUUCUCUGUAUUAGGCCCCGGUUGGUUGGCUAGGAGCACCGCCCUCGCUGCUGCCAUGGCCUUCAUGAUCAUCACCCGCUCUGUCCAUCCACCAGCUGCGAGCUUGCCAUUGCUCUUCAUAGAUGGAGUCAAGCUGCACCAUUUGAAUUUUUGGUAUGCCUUGUUCCCAGGAGCUGCUGGAUGCAUUCUCCUGUGUUUGAUCGUAAGUCUCUGUGACAGCUUGUUUCUUUUUUUUUGCUCGGCAUAUAGUUUGCUCAUGCGUCGUCUUCGUUGAUGCAGCAAGAGAUGGUGUGUUACUUGAAAAGCAACUUGAAAUUUUGAGUGGGAUUUGAAUUGGUGAUGUGGGGAAGAUGAUGGUGUUGUUGUGGAAGAUAUAUAUAGCAGGAAAUGGUGAAGGGUUGAGUUAUGCUGCAUUGGUGUAAUUUUGAUCUCUGUAGUUUGUAAAUACUGUUAAUCAUUCUGGAACCAAAUUUUUUUGAUCGCACAUGCAACAAAUGUAAAAUAAUUAAAGGGGGGUUAUGGCGGGAAAAUAAUUUUGUAUUCUAUUCGAUAUUUUGAUUGUGGAUAAAUAUAAUUUCAUAUUUGAAAAGAUGAAAA